AUGGCUUCACCAAAUAAUCCAUCUUUUUCCAAUAAUCUACCUGCCGAUGACAAGUCUACACUAACUCACAGUGGGGGUUCAUUGGCUGCACAAACAAGUUCUGGACCCGGUGCGCAGGGUUCUUCUCGACCUGGCGCUCUCGUCUCACCAUCUGGGCUUCAGACUUCGUUCGUGGGUAUGUCUUAUCAUCACAGACAUUCCCCCGGACGAUCAGCCCCAGUGUCUUCAACGAACUCGGUGACUUCCUCACGCGAGACCUCUCCCAUCCGUCCCCUUCGAUCGAUAAACUCCGCAACCGCGUCGAGAGCAGUCUCUCGAUCACGCAAAAAUAGCCAGGAGCUGAGUCCGAAUCGCAUCCCUACCCCCUCUGCCGCCGCACUCCGACGGAAUCUCUCCAAUGUGAACAAACCGCAUUUCCCACCACCUUCGACUGAACAGUCCGCAGACUUGCCUCGUCCCAGCAAGUCCAAUAAUAUGCCUUCGAAGCAUGGCGACUCAUCACAGCAAUGGCCUAUAUCUCCUAGACUCAAAUCACCACCUCCGCCGGUUCUAUCGUCGCGUAACAAUCUCCCUCACGCGCCAAAGCGAUCGGACCAUGACACUACCUUAGCAAACAUCUCUAGCAAGAGAAACCCCGCACCCACAGUCGAUAUCGCCCAACAUGCGAAUGCGCCAGAGGAGGAAACUGAUGAUAAAUAUAAUCGCCAAAACGGCAAGGCGGGACGGGAUCGAUUUUGGAAACAGGUAGAGGAAGGUGGUGCUCUGGCAGAGUCUCCAGAAAUUCUACCACGGGAAGAAAAUGCGGAUGAAUCUGCGCCAUUUGUUGCCAAAACUGGCGUGGAAAGUGGAAGUGAUAGCGGCGGGAAUAAGAGCAAACCAAGGAUAUCAUCUGCCAACGCAAGGCCGGGCGAUAUUCUUGCGAAGCGCUCAUUUACCUCGCUGAGUACAACUCGAGGGAAGGUUGGCGAUGCCCCUGCGAGGAAUAUGAUUAUCGAGGCAGAAACGGUUAGCUCUAUACCCCAAGUAUCUCUUGGUGGUGGUACAGGCGAACGCGUCUCUGCUAGAACGGAUAUUGGAGGUAGCGUCAGGCUGAAAGCAAGCGAUGAAACUAUUCGACCAAAAAAGGAAAAAAAGAAACCAGUUCGGAAGCCAACAGCACUCCCGGUCGGUACAGUUUCAUCCAAAGCAGAUAUAUUUGAGGCUAAAGUUGCUAGCGCAGUCGAUGAGGCAGACUCUUCUGAUUCUGCAGAAACAUUUGUUUACGACUCAAACCCUCCAGACUCCCAUCCUGCUCGCCAACUUCGAUAUCAUUCGAGGACUCCCAGCAAUACGUCGAUGGCCAGCCAAGCCGAUCAGUAUGGAGGUCGAUCACGAUUAGGCCUAAGGGACCACACCAUUACUGGGAAAAGAAGUAUGAAGUUUACCAAUGCCGGCUAUGGUACCUUGGAUGCAGACGGAGACCAAUCUAGUGGAAGGGGAAGUGGAAGAACCAACGGGCAUAUACAUACGACAAGACAUUCCCACAUUGGUCGGCACGGGAGAAGUAGUCACCCAUCGGUGCUCGACCAGUCACCAUUUCUUGUUUCCCAGAGUCCAAAGUCAUCGAGACAUAACUUUAGUAACGGGGGUAAACAAGCAUACCGUGGGUCUCAUAACCAUCGUAUGGGCAGCCCUAAAAAGAAUGGCGAUACAUAUGGUUACGAUUUCGACGGUGAGGGCGCCGAUGAUGAGCGAACGCCGCUUGUCGGGUCUGUUCGUGCAACUCGCAGCCGUCACGGUCGUCGUCCUAACAGUGCAAGCCUUCGUCAGCUGGAGUAUAUGGAGCAACGACAAAGAAGGUGGUUUUCACGAUACGGUUUCUGUGUUCUACUCCUGAUUUUCCUAUUUUUACUCAUUGGAGGCGCGACUACGGCUGUGGUUGGGCUGAUGAAGCCGCUUGCGGACGUGCACGUCAAGAAGAUCCAGAACGUCUUGGCCUCAGAACAGGAGAUUAUGUUUGGCCUCGAGGUUCUAGCAAUCAACCCCAAUCUCGUGACCCUGACAGUCAACGAUAUGGAUGUCAAUAUAUUUGCAAAGAGUAGAUACGUUGGUGCUGAGUGGCUCCGGCAUGGGUCUGCUUCUCACCCGUAUAUAAUAGCACCCCGGAUGAAAGAUAGCAGAGCGCGGGCCCGCUUAGCUAGCGCGGUGAAACGGAAUACCGUAUCCACAAGCGAUGGCACACACACUACUGGUGGCGUUGACAAAGGUACGGAUCCUAUCUUUGAGGACCCGCCUGAAGACCCUGUUGGCGAUUCACAGACUAUGCUCCUCGGCCGCAUUUUCCAUUUCGACUCUCCUCUCACCUUCGACUCUUCACCUUGGAAGUACGAGCCAUCCGUAUCAAUUGGUGAAGUAAGGCUUGCAAAGCCAGGAAACAAAACCGAAGAAGGCGGGACUGCUCGUUGGGAACGGGUCUUGCAGCAUCCCUUUGAGCUGAUCGUGCGCGGUGUUGUCAAAUACCAAUUACCGUUGACGUCACGCAUGAGGUCUGCCUCGAUCAACUCAAAGAUAACUGUAGUUCCUAACGAUGACAGCGGCAAAGGAGACAACAGUGGUAAUGAUGGUAACGGCAACGACCACGAUGACGACAACAAGGGUGGACAUAGUAAACACCCCCCAAUGACACCGGGCCACAAUAGUACCGACCCGGUCACCGACCCAAGUCGGCCCUGA